AUGGGCGCUUACAAAUAUCUUGAAGAGCUUUCCAGAAAGAAGCAAUCUGAUGUUGCUCGUUUCUUACUUCGUGUUAGAUGUUGGGAAUAUAGACAACUCAACGUCAUCCAUCGUGCAUCUCGUCCUUCCCGUCCUGACAAAGCCCGUCGUUUAGGCUAUAAGGCUAAGCAAGGUUAUGUUAUUUAUCGUAUUCGUGUUCGUCGUGGUGGCCGUAAGAGACCUGUUCCUAAGGGUGCCACCUAUGGUAAACCUGUCAAUGAAGGUGUAAGUCAAUUAAAAUACCAACGCUCUUUGCGUGCUACUGCUGAAGAACGUGUCGGUCGCAAAUGUGCCAACCUUCGUGUUUUGAAUUCCUAUUGGAUCAACCAAGAUGCUACUUACAAGUACUAUGAAGUGAUCCUUGUUGAUCCUUCUCACAAGGCUAUUCGUCGUGAUCCUCGCAUCAACUGGAUCGUCAAUGCUGUUCACAAGCAUCGUGAAGCUCGUGGUCUCACUGCUGUCGGCAAGAAAUCUCGUGGUCACAACAAGGGUCACCUUUUCAACAACACCAAGGGUUCUGGCCGCCGUGCCACCUGGAAGCGUCGCAACACUCUUUCCCUUCGCCGUUAUCGUUAA